AUGGAGGCCGCCUCCAACUCGAGUUUGUCCCCGCACAACCUCGCUGAACAAUGUUUCGCAUGGACCACGAUUGUGGGCGCAGAGGACCUCUUCCACGAACACACAGAAAGCCUCGUGCGUGAAAGUCCAUCAGCGAAAGCGUUCAUGGAUGAGUUCGCCCAAUCCCGCGGCGACGACGACCUCUUCGACGACGAGAUCGUCCCCAUCGAGCAGCCGCCGCCUGUUCAAGAGAUUACACAACAAUUUGAGGAGACCUCAUUACAGAACACAGCACCUCCAUCACCUGCGCAUCACCAGCCAUUACAGCCUCAACAAGGCCCUCGUGGACGCGGCAGGGAACGGGGCUUCCCUCGAGGCGCCAUCCGCGGAGGUGCACCUCGACAACAAGCCGCAUAUUCAGAAGCUGCGCGAAACUCGAGCUUGGGCGAGUCGAAAUGGGCCAGCAAGCCAGCUACACCGAGAGCACCUAAGCAGCAAGCACCACCACCUUCGUCUAUACCAGCAGAACAAGAUCAGACGCCGAUCGCACCUACCGCGUCUUCACAAGAUGCGACACCAGCAGCACCAUCUGCCGAAACCACCACCACAACAACAGCCGAACCUCAAACCACCACAGCAACCUCGCCCUCAGUAUCAGAACCACCGACCGACGCUCCAACCGGCCCCUCCACCAAGCCCCGCCCACCCGCAGUUCGUGGCGACCGCACCGCAACCGGCGGCUUCGCCAAACCCAAACUUACCACAGCGGAACUCGAUGCAAAACUCGCCGCAGCAAGACAGCGGUCUUCAGACCUAGCAGCCGCACAUGCUAGAGCGCAAGCCGACGCAGAUGAAUUUGCUGAGCGAGAGAGGGUGGCUGGAGAGAGGAGGCGGAAGGAGGAAGGGGAGAGUAGGCGGCUAGGUUUGGAGAGGGAGAAGAACAGGGUGAGAAAGUUGGGGGUCAAGGAGGGGAGGGAGUGGGAUCGGGGGAAGGAAGAGGGCAUUGGGGUCGGUGGGAGGGGAGAUAUGCCGCGGAUGGCGGGAAGAGGAGAGGAGGUGGAUCUCAGGGAGUACGAGUGGGAUGACAGUCGCGGGAGGGGAAGAGGGAGGGGCGGGUCGAGGUGGGCGAGCGUGAUGGGAGAGGUAGGGGUCGCGGUGGACGUGGUGCAUUUGCAGGAAAUGGGGUUGGAGGUGGUGGCGCAAGGCAACCUGAGCCCCGCGUCAACGGGGUAG